UCCUGUAUAUACAACGCAAUUACCAAUUGUACCACAUCAGUUACAUAGACUUAAAUAACAGUACAUCUAUCUGUCAUCGACUUCAAAUUAGGGAUUUUUCAAGCUUGCAAACACACACACGCACAAUAAAUUCUGGCGCAAAAGAAGCCAAUUAGCUGAUCAAUUGUCUAUUUUCAGCUUCUUCAGUCGAUUUGAAAUUAAUUUUAUUGCAGAAAUGUGCUUGAUACUCUGCCACAUUGUUGACAAAUAAUUGAGUAGACAAAUGGUUGAUGUUGUAGAUGAAGUGUGUGGUAGGGAUGGAGAAAUUGUUCAUUAUCCUAGGACUGAUAGUCUAGGGAUCGAAGGUGAUGCUGAUCUUGAGCCACGUGAUGGCAUUGAAUUUGAAUCGCAUGAGGCAGCAUAUUCCUUUUAUCAAGAAUAUGCCAAGUCUAUGGGGUUUACAACCUCCAUUAAAAAUAGUCGUCGCUCAAAGAAGUCGAAAGAAUUUAUUGAUGCUAAAUUUGCAUGCUCCAGAUAUGGGCUCACCCCAGAGUCUGAUAGUGGUGGCAGUAGACGACCUUGCGUAAAGAAGACGGACUGCAAAGCCAGCAUGCAUGUGAAAAGAAAACGAGAUGGGAAAUGGUACAUUCACGAAUUUGUAAAGAAGCAUAACCAUGAACUUCUACCGGCACUAGCAUAUCAUUUUAGAGUUCACAGGAAUGUUAAAUUAGCUGAAAAGAGUAACAUGGAUAUUCUUCACGCAGUUAGUGAAAGAACAAGAAAAAUGUAUGUUCAGAUGUCCAAACAAACAGGAGGGGAUCGUAAAGAUGAUAUCCUAAGAACUGACUUGAAUUUCCAGAGUGAGAAGGGGCGUUGUUUGGCUUUGGAAGUAGGUGAUGCCCAACUAAUGUUGGAAUACUUUGUGCAUAUUCAGAAAGAAAAUCCAUAUUUUUUCUAUGCAGUUGACUUGAAUGAAAAUCAGCAGCUAAGAAACUUGCUAUGGGUUGAUGCGAAAAGUAGAAGAGAUUAUGGAAAUUUCAGUGAUGUUGUGUCUUUUGACACUAAAUAUAUGAAAAAUAAUGACAAAAUGCCGUUUGCUCCGUUUGUAGGAGUGAACCAUCAUUUUCAACCUAUGUUACUUGGCUGUGCACUGCUUGCUGAUGAGUCUAAAGCGACAUAUGUCUGGUUAAUGAAGACCUGGCUUAGAGCAAUGAGUGGGACAGCUCCCAACGUAAUAAUCACUGAUCAAGAAAAAUCUCUGGCUGCUGCCAUAAAAGAAGUUUUUCCAACAUCUCGUCAUUGCUUUUCUUUAUGGCAUGUAUUGGAAAGGAUUCCUGAUAUUCUUGAUGAUGUAAUCAAGCGGCAUGAGAACUUUAUGGAGAAAUUCAGCAAGUGUAUUUUUAAGUCAUUAACAGAUGAACAAUUUGAUAUGAAGUGGUGGAAAAUGAUCAGCAGAUUUGAACUUCAAGAGAAUGACUGGAUUCAUUCGUUGUAUGAAGAUCGUAAAAGGUGGGUGCCUACCUUUAUGAAAGAUACUUUUCUUGCCGGAAUGUCAACACUUCAACGGUCUGAAAGCGUAAACUCUUACUUCGACAAAUAUAUUCACAAGAAAAUCACCUUGAAAGAGUUUGUUAGACAAUAUGGGACGAUCCUGCAAAACAGGUACGAAGAGGAAGCAAUAUCUGACUUUGAUACUUGGCAUAAACAGCCUGCGCUGAAAUCUCCUUCACCUUGGGAAAAACAGAUGUCAACAGUAUAUACACACUCAAUAUUCAAAAAGUUCCAGGUUGAGGUCUUGGGCGUAGUUGGAUGUCAUCCCAAAAAAGAAAGUGAAUGUGCUACAAGCAUGACAUUCAUUGUCGAUGACUGUGAAAAGAGUAAAAGUUUUACAGUGAUGUUUGAUGCAGCAAAGUCGGAAGUAUCCUGUUCAUGCCUUUUAUUUCAGUACAAAGGUUAUCUAUGCAGGCAUUCUAUGAUUGUUCUUCAAAUUUGCGGUCUUUCAAGCAUCCCAUCUCAGUACAUUUUAAAAAGGUGGACAAAAGAUGCAAAGAACUGUCAAUCAAUAAUAGAAGGAGCAGAAAGGAAGCAAAGUAGGGUGCAGUUGUAUAAUGGUCUAUGUAAAUAUGCCAUUGAAUUGGCAGAAGAAGGUUCCUUAUCCGAAAAGAGUUACAAUAUUGCAUUUCGUGCAAUAGUAGAAGCUCUCAAGACUUGUGUGAAUGUCAAUAAUAAAGGUGCCGCAGAGUCCAGCAGCACUACUCAAGGCCUUCGCGAUGGGGAAGAAGAGCAACAGGCAAUAUUUGCAAGUGAAGGACUCAAGAAAAGAAAGAACAUGGGCAAGAAAAGGAAGGUACAAGCACCGCCUGAAUCCAUGCCUGUUGAGGCUGAAGAUAGCUUGCAGCAAAUAGACAAUUUGAAUGACAAUCUGAAUUCGGAGGGAAUGGCUCUUAACGGUUAUUACGGGUCUCAUCAGAACGUCCAUGGAAUGAUACAAUUGAACUUGAUGGAGCCACCACAAGAUGGUUACUAUGUAAACCCACAGAGUAUGCAAGGACUGGGACAACUAAAUUCAUUAGCAUCGAACCAUGAUGGUUUCUUUGGGACUCAACCCAGCUUGCAUGGAUUGGGGCCUUUAGAAUUUAGACCAUCGAAUUUCAGUUUCGGAUUGCAGGAUGAUCCAAAUUUGAGAUCUACCCAGUUGCAUGGAAACACCAGUAGACAUGUGUGAAUGUGUGGUGAGAUAGAAGUAUCUCCUGGAUUUGCUGCUUUUACCAAAACCAUAUCCUAUGACUUCCUUACACGUACAGCUGGAGGCAAACAGUGGAAUUCCGCGAGGAAGUCUUAUUCUUCCACUUGCACAUUCACAACCAGGGGUUGAACAACCCUUGAGAUAUAAUGACAUGCAUCACAGUUACCUAUAUGAUUACAGGUGAAAAAUUGAUAUUCCAUUGUGUAAUAUAAUUAUGAAAAUCUAGUGUAUUAUAGAGAUUUUACCUUGUGGUCCGAGAAAAAACAAAUAUUGAGCUAUGCUUGGUGCUGCAUCUUUAUGGAUACUCUCAUAGGUAAGUUUUAGUAAGAGUUGAUACUUGAAGGUGCCUUUAGUAUUUGUUUGUAGAAAAAUGUCUUUAAAAAACUACCUCAAAUUGCAAAUCAUAUAGAAGAAUAAUUUUAGUUUAA